AUGACUGUCAACAACGGCUCCUGCCCCAUAGCUUACAACACCACCAAAUAUUUUAAAAUCCCCGUGUACUGCCUAGUGGUGGCCGCCGGGCUGCCUCUGAACUGCUUGGCCCUCUGGGCCUUAAUAUCCCAGAUGAAGAGAUCCGUCGUCCUCUCCGUCUACAUCCUGAACCUGAUCUCGGCCAACCUCUUGCAGAUCUCGAUGCUCCCCUUCUGGAUCUACUUGAGUUGCAACAAUCACUCCUGGGACCUGGGCCCGGCGGCAUGCCAGGCCGUCCGACUGGCCUUCCGCACCAACUUCUACGCCAAGAACGUCUUCUUGUGCCUGAUUGCGAUGGAGCGUUACUUUGGUCUCAUCCAUCCUCUCCGUUUCCAUCGACUGCAGACCAUGGCUAGUGCCGUCGCGUUGAGUGUCACUACUUGGCUCGCGGUGGCUGUUUUGUGCGUCGUCGGCAUGCUCCUGGAGACCGAUCAGUCAGACAACUGGCACAAGAGCUGUCUGGAUGGCACCCAUGUGGAAAAACGCUACGCGCACUUCAAGUUGGCCACCAUGUCCCUCUCCUUCUUUCUACCUUGCCUUUUCAUGGGCUUCUUCUACUUCAGGGUUCUGUUUGAGCUCAGAAAGGUGGCAUCCCUGGAGAAGCGAGCCAAGAAGCAGAUCUAUGGCUUCAUCUCCUUCAUCAUCGCCUCCUUUUUCCUUACCUGCGUCCCUUAUCAGGUGACUUCCUUUUACAAGUUCCACCGGGAACUGAGGCUGAAGGAUGGAGAAAUAUGUGCGUUCGAGAGUUACAUCUUCAGUUACACCAACAUCACUUUGUGUCUGGCCACCUUGGGCAACGUCUCUGAUCCCCUCCUUUACAUCCUGCUCCUCAAAGAGGUGCGCGAUGACCUCAGAGGUCUCUUCCGGUUCAAGGAUCGGAAGACAGGGAUCUCAUACAGGUUGGAAGAGAGGGCUCUCCCUCCGCAUACGGCCACUGGAGGGGCGCGUGGCCACAUCGAGACACAAGAAAUGACCUACUGA